AUGAGCAACAACAACAACGGCAAGACCGGCUCCGGCCAAUCCUCAAUGACCAAAAGCGAUGCCUCUCGCGUCCAGUCUACCCAGGCUACUGGAGGCGGCAACAUGUCCUCCACGGGUUUCGCGGCCAGGGCUCAGGCUGCCGGUGACAAGAACGCGAACGCUGCUCAGGGAGGUGUCCAGACCGGUGGUAUGGGAAAUGCGGGCAAGUGA